CCCUUGUCAACUUUUUCUUGUCAAAUAAAAUGCCAGCGGUGAACAUGCCCUUACAUCAUUUGCUUACCAGUGGAUCCUCUGCAGUGAAUGGUUUAGGACAUUCCUCAUUAUACGAAUGACAAGGACUGCACUUUAACACAGGAAAUAUAAAGGAAGUCAAACUGAGCUAGUGCACACUGUGUUAGUAAGGACCAUCGUUUGAUGCACAAUGAAGCUCCUUUCACAUGUCCUUUUGCUGGUUCUAAUGUUAGCUUCACAGAAAUGUCAGGAAUCAGAAGAUUUUACUGAUUAUAUACUUCAAGACUAUGGAGAUUUGGAUACAUUUCUAAUCACUGAUGACUACACCGAGGAGUAUGAAAGUCCAGAUGUUCCAGAGCCCAACAUCACAGUGUACCAACAGAUGGAGGAUGGAGAGAAAGUGGUCGUACUGUGCGAGUUUACCCAAAUGUUUCAAUGGAGAUUCAGAAUUCAGUCAUAUGAGUUGUUUGUAGAGAGCGAACUGAACUACACCAUAGAACUACUGAAAUGCUCUUCUUUAAAGUCUUCAGAAAUAUGUGUGUAUUUGGUCACAGUGAGUCCACCUGCUUCAUUCACCUGUGUGGAUGAGUUUAAUUCUGGUUUAGAUGUCAGGAACCUGCGCAGCCAGACCUACAAUUACAACAGAUCAGUCUUUGAUAAUCACGAGGAAGGACUAUCUUUAUCCUACAUCUGCUUUUCCUCUUUCAUUGCUGUUGGUCUGUUCAUCAUGACUGCAGCAGUGAUUGUGACCCACAUAAGGAGCAAAACUAAAGACUCCAUCAACCCCACAGCAGUUACAAACAAUGACUAUGAGGAAACAUAACCACUUUCAGAAAAGAAUAGUACAGGCCUGAAGAAAAACAAAACAGUAUAAAAAUUAUAUAUGAAUUAAAAAACUAUUCCUUGCAAUUCCUGAUUUUUUUAUUUUAUUUAGAAUUUAUGAAAUAUAUUAAAAGCACUAUUUUAUAAAAAUUUCAUUUGUAAAGGGUUUUAAAAAAAUACAUUUUACAAGAUUUUGCUUAUGCUGUAACA